AUGAGAUGGCUGGGUGGCCCGCCAGGCUCGACAGUGACCUUGGGUCCAGUAGACGUGGCUUUCUUUCAUCAGACAAAUGUCUUGAACAGCCGCACCAAUGCAUCCAUUAGAAGCGUGCGAGACCAUAUGCCGCGUGCACCCUACUAUCUGCUCAGCGAUGGCGGACCCGACUUUUCGGGGGCGGCACGCGAUUUCAAUGUCUCCACGUUUCGUGCUGACGGCAUGCACUUGACCAGAUCCUUGAAUCAGAACUUCACUUGCCAAGCGCACCUGCAGCGAUUUGCAGAGGCAGCCAGAUGGGCGUCGCGUCAGGGAGCGACUUUUCUCAUUAUUUGGGAGGAUGACACCAGGCUACUGAAGCCAUUACGGACAGCUCAGGACGUUGAUCUCAACACCAUGGGUAAUGUCGGUAACCUGCACGUGGCGGUGUGGAACCCCGAACUCCGGCAGAAAUUGGAGACCACUCCAAGGAAUCAGUUGGCACCAGGUGAUGAGAGGCGCGUGAAGCAACAUGAUCGAUUCCUGGCGCGGGGUGGAUGGUCUGCAGGUCCUGGGAGCAUGUGGAAGAUUAGCUCCUUGCUGGAUGCUCUGCAGACAACCCCUGAAAGGGACCUGAAGGACAUGUAUACAGAACAGGACAUGUGCUGGGAAGAGUUUGCCAUCACCAACAGUCUGGAGAUAAGACGGAACCCCGAAGUUCAGCAGAUCGUUUAUCCUUUCAAUGAUGGAGAGUUGACUGGACAGAGUUCGGAUCCUGGCAGGAAUCUGAGAUGCUUGGAAUGCCUAGACGCUUGCAAAGUCUCCUGCGGUUGUGGUGAGGUUCUUUCCUGGAGUCAAAGCCUCCAGUACUUCUGGGAGGGCUUCCUAAAUCUUCUGAUCGGGCGUGGUUUCGCCUACCGCUCGAAUCUUCUUUGGGAGCGGCAGUGCCAGCAGCCUUGCAAGAGCCACUGCUGGACCCCUUGCUCCGCGCAGUGCAAGCCCCUGUGCCCUGCUGUGGUGCAUCCUCACAAGAAGCCCAUCCUAGAUUGCGCGUAG